GUUUGUCUCCUUCACUUUGUCCUGUAGCAGUUAGUGUCAAAUCAGAAACCCAGGACACACUAAAGCUUCUGCUUUCGUUUUGCAUCAGCGUUUUAUUUUUGUCUAAACAACAGCAACAUCCUCGAUAUAAUGGCUGUUCCUCCUGCAUACUCAGACCUGGGAAAAGCGGCCAAGGAUAUUUUUAGCAAGGGUUACGGUUUUGGGAUUGUUAAACUGGACCUCAAGACUAAAUCUCAAAAUGGAGUGGAGUUCAACACAUCUGGAUCCACCAACACAGACACGGGAAAAGCCGGCGGGAGUUUGGAGACCAAAUAUAAGAUGAAGGACCUGGGAUUGAGUUUGAACCAGAAGUGGAACACAGACAACAUGCUCACUACAGAAGUGUCUGUGGAAGACCAGCUCGCGGAGGGGUUGAAAGUGUCCCUGGAUACGUCUUUCGUACCAAACACAGGCAAGAAGAGCGGUAAACUGAAGACCGGCUACAAGCGUGAAUUUGUCAACGUGAACUGCGACAUUGAUUUCGAGGGUCCAGUUGUGCACUCUGCAGCGGUUCUGGGAUAUGAAGGCUGGCUCGUGGGCUACCAGAUGGCGUUUGACACGGCCAAGUCUAAACUGGUGCAAAACAACUUCGCUCUGGGAUACAAGGCCGGAGACUUCCAACUUCACACCAGUGUUAAUGACGGAGCUGAGUUUGGAGGAUCUGUCUAUCAGAAGGUCAGCGAUCAGCUGGAGACGGCCGUCACUUUGGCCUGGACCUCCGGCAGCAACAACACACGCUUUGGAGUUGCUGCAAAGUACCAGCUAGAUAAAGACGCCUCGUUGUCUGCCAAAGUGAACAAUGCCAGUCUGAUUGGAGUUGGUUACACUCAGAGUCUUCGACCUGGGGUGAAACUCACUCUCUCGGCCUUGAUCGAUGGAAAAAACUUCAGCACAGGCGGACACAAAGUCGGACUGGGUUUUGAGCUGGAAGCGUAGCUGCCGUAGUGCAAAAGGCACAGAAGAAGAGAGACCCGGUCCUCACGUUGUUCCCUCCUACAUCAUACACUAGCACUCGAUGACUAAAAACACUUAGCGGCAUGUUGAUGGGAUUUGCAAGUCUGUGGGAGAUGAUUGAUUCAAUAUCAGCCGGUCGUAAGAUCUGGCCUUCUAAGGGAAACGUUUGCCGAUCACAUGAUUUAUUUAAUGAAAGCCGUAUAUUUAUAUAGAGCACCUGCAGUGAGCCAAAUUAAGUAGCGGUAGAUUUGCGAGCUUGGAGUGUUUCUCUGCUGAUGUUAGUGCAUGCUAAGCACUUGAUUUAUCGCGUUGGUGAGCGGACGUCAUAAAUAUGCAUGGUGGUAGUUGAGGUUAUUUCUCAGGAUGCUGCAUUAGAGUGAUGUUGCACUUCUAGGGCUUUAGGCUUUACAGGAAACCAAACAGACAGCAUGUGUAUUUCUAGAGCUUGCAGUACAACCCUUUUCACACUCAUUGAUGGUUAGACAGCAACUCUGUAUUGUGGGACAAAACGCCGCUAGCAAACCAUUUCAAAAGUGUUUUGGUGUACAAAUGAGAUUUUUGUGCAUUGAACUCUUUAUGGGCACAGAUAUCAAUGCGUUGUACAUACCAUCUGUUUUUCCAAUAUUACUAUUAUAUAUAUAUAUAUAUAUAUAUAUAUAUAUAU